UUAGGCAAAUUUUGCUACAAACAGUAAUAAGAUUUGCAUAAACAUAUGCUUUAGCAGUUAACACUGAUAGCUUAUAUAUAACUUAGAUGAAUCUCAGCUUAAUUUGAUGUUACAACCACAUUUACUACGCUACAUUUGCAACGUGCCUGCUGCCCUUCCUACGCAUGUCGAGAUUCAUAAGCAUGUUGCACGAUGCUUAGCUAACUUGGCGCUUUACAGUAAAGUGAUAUAUAUGAUGUAGAUAGUGUAUUACCUAACUUGCUUGAUUGUUAAUAGAGGAGAAUUGUUCAAUCAUGCUUGGUUGUAAUAUAUCUGAAUCAUCAUCACACACACAAGCAUACAACAUAUUGCCAACGUUACUUGCUCUUGGACAAUCACCUCAUGCAACAGUAGAUAUCACUCGACAUGUUGUAAGAGCCAUUGAUAAUUUAUCAUCCAAUGGUAAGCUACCCUUAUAUCUUUUAGGCAUUGUGCUUAAUACAUGUAUAGUACAACUCCUUAGCGAUGAUGAAACAGAAUUGAUGGGAUGGAAGGAAAAAUGUCAAGAGAUAUACCCAUUUAUUACCGGAAUACUAAACACAAAUGCCGAACAAGACAACGAUACCAUCAAACGAGCCAAAAGCAUUAUUCAAAAAAAAAUAUUUGAACCUGCCGAGAAGGCAUCUAUCACAAGCAGCGAACUGACAGAUACUGACAUUAGUGAUGAUAAGGAAAACAGUAGUAUAAAGGCGUCUGAUUAUACAACCAAGAACGAAAGACAAGAUAAUUUAUCCGAUCAUAGUACGAAAAGUAGCAAGUCAAAGUCAAGAUCAAAGAGAAGAAAUUAAAACAUUGUAUAUGUGUGUUGAUAGUAGGGGUAUAUAAAUAGUGGCAGUAAGAAAAAGUUGCGUUGUUUAUGAAAAGUAGCCUAUUACGUGAA